UUUAUAUUUAGUGUCCCUUUAAAGUGUCGUGAGGGUGUUUUCGUUUUGAAAAUUUACCCCAAGUCUUAAAUUUCGGAGACUUUUUGGGGUUACAGACCAUGGAGGAGAUUCACUUGGUGCCGGUGGUGCAGCGGCCUCUUGUGCGGCUCCCUCCUGUAUCCGCCUUUGGUUUCUCCAGCCUGAGGGAAGCCGUCAGGAAUAUGACUAGGCCGCAGAAGGUGGUCAUCAUGAGUGUGGGCACCGGCCUGGCCCUGGUGGCACUGGUGGCACGUUACCUGCGCCGCAGGAAGCGCCGGCUGCCAAAGAAGUCAGCGCUGUACAACCCUGAUGACCCGAGCCGGGCGCACCGCAAGGUGAAGCCCAUCACCAUCCGCAGCCCCUCGGGAGAGAUCCACAGUGUGGGGGGCAACGUGUCCCCGGGCUUCCACCGCUCUGUGCACCACCGGCACAGCUCCAUCUCCGUCAGCAGCGACCGCACCAGUGUGGCGUCCACCCUGGGGCCGCAGGGAGGGGAUGCCAACCCCCUCACCCCCCAGCAGUACGGCGUGAUGGUUUGGACGCCGCGAGUCUGAUCCCCGCCACUGCUGUCCUCCUCCCUGGCUGCAGUGAUCCCUAGCGUAGUGUUGUGCCUGUCCUCAGCCACCCUAAGCAUCGUGUACCGCCCCUCUUAACCUUGUGACUGGUGUGUUUUCGUGUCAAGUUUAUUUAAGUGAUCUGUUGGAAAUAAAGAGUAUAAUUUAGAAAGGCAC